UCUAAUUUUACACAUUCUCAAAUGUCUGGAGAUGGUCAGCCUUCUACUUAUAUCUCCAAGUGAGACACUAAAAAAAUGGAUGUUCAUACCCGAGUAGAGCUAGUCCUUUGGUGGGCUUCAGUGUUGGGUGAUCAGGUAGAAGGAGCCAGCAGUGUUGUUGGAGCACUCUCUGUCAGUAUCUGUUGACCAUAAAGAAUGGAAGUGUUAGACCAUAAACUUUGCCCGAAGUUUUUACAUACAAAUUCUACUAGUCACACUUGGCCAUUUAGUGCGGUUGCUGAAUUAAUAGAUAAUGCUUACGAUCCUGAUGUGAAUGCUAAACAGAUAUGGAUUGACAAAACAGUGAUAAAUGACCAUAUAUGCCUGACAUUCACUGAUAAUGGGAAUGGUAUGACUUCAGACAAAUUACAUAAAAUGCUGAGCUUUGGCUUCAGUGACAAAGUCACCAUGAAUGGUCACGUCCCAGUUGGAUUGUAUGGGAAUGGCUUCAAGUCAGGUUCUAUGCGUUUGGGUAAAGAUGCAAUGGUUUUUACCAAAAAUGGAGAAAGCAUGAGCGUGGGCUUCUUGUCUCAGACCUACUUGGAAGUCAUAAAAGCAGAACAUGUUGUUGUCCCAAUAGUGGCAUUCAACAAAGACCGACAGAUAAUUAAUUUAACAGAAUCGAAAGCGAGUCUUGCUGCAAUUCUGGAACAUUCUCUGUUUUCUACGGAACAGAAAUUACUGGCAGAGCUUGAUGCUGUCAUCGGUAAGAAGGGGACAAGGAUCAUCAUUUGGAAUCUCAGAAGCUACAAAAGUGCAACAGAGUUUGAUUUUGAUAAGGAUAAAUAUGACAUUAGAAUUCCAGAAGAUUUAGAUGAGACAGCAGGGAAGAAAGGGUACAAGAAGCAAGAAAGGAUGGACCAAAUUGCCCCUGAGAGUGACUAUUCUCUGAGGGCUUACUGCAGUAUAUUAUAUCUAAAGCCACGAAUGCAGAUCAUCUUGCGUGGGCAGAAAGUGAAGACACAGCUAGUUUCGAAGAGUCUUGCCUACAUUGAACGUGAUAUUUAUCGACCCAAAUUUUUAACUAAUAAAACUGUGAGAAUUACUUUUGGAUUCAACUGCAGAAAUAAAGAUCAUUAUGGGAUAAUGAUGUAUCACAGAAAUAGACUCAUCAAAGCUUAUGAAAAAGUUGGAUGUCAGUUAAGGGCAAACAACAUGGGUGUUGGAGUAGUGGGGAUUAUAGACUGUUAUUUCCUAAAGCCGACUCAUAAUAAACAAGAUUUCGAUUAUACUAACGAAUACAGGCUUACAAUAACAGCACUAGGAGAUAAGCUCAAUGAUUACUGGAAUGAAAUGAAAGUGAAGAAAAAUGCAGAAUAUCCUCUGACUUUGCUGGUUGAAGAUAUACAGAAACGUCCUGAUCAGACAUGGGUUCAAUGUGAUUCCUGUCUAAAGUGGCGAAAAUUACCAGAUGGGAUAGAUCAACUUCCAGAAAAAUGGUAUUGCUCCAAUAACCCUGACCCACAGUUCAGAAAUUGUGAUGUUCCAGAAGAGCCUGAAGAUGAAGAUUUGGUGCAUCCCACUUAUGAAAAAACCUACAAAAAGAAAGACAAGGAAAAAUUCAGGAUCAGACAACCGGAAGCAAUCCCUCGGAUUCCUGCUGAACUCUUGUUUCCAACAACUCCUGUGUCAAGUCAAAGCUUUCCUCCCGUUAAGGAAAAUGUUCCAAGAGCACAUCUUUCAGAAGCGGCAAAUACUUAUGCAACGAGACUUAUAAAUAAUCAUCGAGGUUCACCCCAGUCUGAACCUGAGAAUAACAGCCUGAAACGGAGACUCUCUACUCGUUCCUCAAUUUUGAAUGCAAAGAAUCGGAGAUUGAGUAAUCCAGCAUUUGAAAAUUCUUAUAAAGAUGAUGAUGAUGAUGAAGAUGUCAUCAUCUUAGAAGAAAACAGUACUCCCAAGCCUGCAGUAGACGAUGAUAUUGAAGUGAAAUUGCAACAGAGUCACAUGGAGCAGAGCGGUGUUCAGGUGGAGCCUGUGGGUGAUAAUGAACCGUGUGGCCAGACUAGUUCAACAGGCACCUCAUCAUCCAGGUGCAAUCAGGGAACCACUGCAGCCACCCAGACUGAAGUACCAAGUUUAGUCGUUAAAAAGGAAGAAACUAUUGAAGAUGAGAUAGAUGUAAGAAAUGACACAGCCAUACUGCCAUCCUGUGUGGAAACUGAAGGAAAGAUACGUGAAACCCAGGAAAUCUUUGAUAAAUCUGCUGGUGAUGCUGGUUGCCAAUUAAAUGAACUAAGAAAUGAGCUGCUUCUUGUCACCCAAGAAAAAGAAAAUUAUAAAAGACAGUGCCACGUAUUUACUGACCAAAUCAAAGUGUUACAGCAGAGGAUACUGGAAAUGAAUGACAAAUACGUGAAGAAGGAAACUUGCCAUCAGUCUACUGAAACUGAUGCUGUAUGUUUACUUGAAAGUAUUAAUGGUAAAUCUGAAAGUCCAGACCAUAUGGUGUCUCAGUAUCGGCAAGCUUUGGAAGAAAUAGAAAGGCUGAAAAAACAGUGUAGUGCUUUGCAACAUGUAAAGGCUGAAUGCAAUCAGUGUUCCAAUAGCGAGAGUAAAAGUGAAGUGGACGAGAUGGUUGUGCAGCUUGACGAUGUAUUUAGACAGCUGGACAAAUGCAGUAUCGAGAGGGACCAGUAUAAAAGUGAGGUUGAAUUAUUGGAAAUGGAAAAAUCACAAAUCCGUUUGCAGUGUGAAGAACUGAAAACUGAAAUCGAACAAUUAAAAUCUACAAGUCGGCAAAUUGGAGAUGUGUCAACGUCAAGUAACAUCGAGGAGUCUGUAAAUUAUACUGAUGGGGAAAGCCUCAAACUUCGAUCUCUUCGAGUUAACGUAGGACAGCUCCUGGCCAUGAUUGUACCUGAUCUCGAUCUUCAGCAAGUGAAUUAUGAUGUCGAUGUAGUUGAUGAGAUCUUAGGACAAGUUGUCGAGCAAAUGAGUGAAAUCAGUAGUACUUAAAGUGUAUUUUAUGUGAGAUACUAAAAAAUAUUUGCUCCGUCUUUCUGGUUGUAUAGCUUUCAAAAUUUAAGCAACUUUGUUAUAGAUAUGAUACGGAACAGACUGAAGAACCAUAAUCUUUUCUGUAUUCUAUGCAUUCAAGUGUGGACACAAAUAUUGUGGACACACUAUCACACCUUUUGAAAUGCCUGUGAAUCAUUGGUAUUGAGCAGCUACAUAGCUAACUCAUGAUUCUGCUUUGAAAUGUAAAUAUUUAUAAUUAAGUCACACAUAUUUUUUUAUUACCCUAGAGGACUCAAGUGUUUUUCACCAAGAGGUUUUCAGGAUUCCCCUAACCUUUGUGCAGUCUUUUCUGGUUCCCCAAAGUGUAUUUUUCUCUGACUUGAGGGCUGUGCCAUAAUACAAAUGGAAAUGUUACCUUUGAUUUUCUUACAGAGAAGUUUAAAACAGGGUUUUUAAAAAUGGAAUAACACUCCCGAUAAGUUGUAAGUAAUUGAGCAUUAAUGUUUCUUUUCUAUAAAUUCUUAUCUCCUGAAAUAUUUUAUUCAUGAAAAUAAAGUAAGCAGAAACUCCAUCCAUUUUGCCAGGAUUUUUUUGUGUGUGCUGAGAUUGCCGAUCAUGGUUAUUAAACACAAAGUGUUUUUACAGAAAAAAAUAAUGAUUUUUAGUAUAAAAAUAUAAAAAUAUUAAAUGCCCCACCACAUUUACUUGGAAGCCCAUUUUUGGCUGCUUAGUCCGCAUGGAGUGGGCACAGUGAUUGUUUACUAUUUCUUUUUGUGAAAUUUCCUGUACAGCCUUUUGUAGGAGUACUACAGGUUAAUAUGAGUUGAGGAAGACAAUCUUUCUCCAACAGUACUGCAUACCUUUUAUUAUAUUACAAACCUAAGUGUUUUAUAUCCUGGAGUUAAGCAACAAACAACCUAGGAUUAUAGUAUUACAUGCCAUAAAAAUUAUGCUUUACUGGUCCCGUGUUUUGUGCAAUUAUAAAGAGAUGGCUUUCUAUUAAGUAUAACUGUAUAUAUAAUUAAGAAUCAUAUUUUCCACAACUAAAAUGUGCAUUAUUUUUUUCAAAGUUUUAUCAUUGCUAUUUAUUUUUACUUUUGUUUCUGAACAUUGAAUACAUGUUCCUUUUGUAUGCUUAAUUACAUGUUUGUCAUGUACAAUAUUAAAUUUUUACUGUACAUUAACUUCUAGAAAAAGCAAAUAAAUUUUUAUUUGCUUGAUAAAGUAAUUGAAAGUGUAUUUUUGGUAUGAAGCUGGUUUUCUGUCACAGUUGUAUCUGCUCAAAUUUUAAAAUAUCUUGUAAUAAAAUAAAAAUAUAUAUGAUGGCUCACACUUCA